CGCGGUCGAAUGAGUACUGAAUUCACUUCGAGAGCUUUGUGCGUCGUACUAGAAGAACCCAAACGGCAACAUGGUCGAGUGGACUGCUGGCGAGCGUAACGCCAUCCUGAGCCUGUGGGGAAAGAUAUCCGUCGAUGAACUCGGGCCCCUGGCUAUCCAAAGGCUUCUGAUCGUUUACCCCUGGACCCAGAGGUACUUCGGUUCUUUCGGCAAUGUUUCCACUCCUGCUGCCAUCAGGGGCAACGCUAAGGUGGCUAACCACGGAAAGGUCGUGAUGGGCGGACUGGACAGGGCCAUCAAGAACAUGGACAACAUCAAGGGUGUCUACAAGGAUCUGAGUGUGAUGCACUCCGAGAAGCUGCAUGUCGACCCCGAUAACUUCAGGCUUCUGUCUGACUGCAUCACUGUGGUCGUUGCUGAGAAAUUCGGUCCCCACGUGUUCACUCCCGAAGUCCAGGAGGCCUGGCAGAAGUUCCUCAAUGUGGUGGCCUCUGCUCUGAGCAGACAGUACCACUAGGAGCACUCCUGAAAUUGGAAAUGCAGAGAACAGCUUCAUCCAAUCAUAUUCUUCAACAAUGAAGUACAAUGUCAUAUUAUGAAAUAAUAUGGCUGUGAUCUUCAAUAAAAUAAAGAAUAAAAUUUUAAAAAUA